AUGUCUGAAUUUAGCAUUCCUGUUAUAGAAAAGAAGAAAAGACCACAGAUGGGAAAAACUGUUUCAUCAUUGUUUGCAACUUCAAAGAAAAAAGACGAAGAAGAACAGAGGAAACAAGAUGAACAAAGAGCUAAAGAUAAUGCAAAAGAAUUCAUCGAAAAAGAACGCAAAAAAGUUGAACCAAAAGACAAAUCUAAAGUAGAAAGUCCAUUUUUAAGGCUUUUGAAAGAAAGGCAGAAAAAUAUAAAUUCAAAAGUUGUAGUUCCGACACCAGAUCCCAAUGAUUCUGCUGCUCCAUCUGCUGGAUUUGGAGAAAGAAUGCUUGAAAAGCAAGGAUGGAAGAAAGGAGACGAAAUUGGACUAUAA